GGGGGGUGGGGAGGGAAAAAAAGGAAAGAAAAGGAAAAAAAAUCCAAGCUAGACAGACGGACCUUCCCAAAAUCGUCGCGGGGGGUGGAAAUUUAAAGCAUAAACUUGGGUGGGUUUAUUUUUUUUCCUUAAAAAAAAAUUCCUCCCCAUGUCUGUUUGCAAAAGCCAAACCCUGUUUGCCAAACUCUCUACAAAUCAAGCCAAGCGAGACAGAGGGGGCCUCAAAGGCAGGGGAGUCCCACAUGGGACCCUAGCUCUUGUAGUAACAACACUUUGGUAGGAACUGGCGAAGGCCUGUGAGCCCCCCAGCUCCGGGGACUGGUGCUUAUACCUGCCUGCACCAGCGGGGGACCGUCCACCGCCUGCCAGCCUGGAGCACCAUCUACACGUCUCCCCAGGCAGCUGCGGCCACCGGGCUUCCGAGGCCAGCCUGAUGGCGGAGCCGCGCUUUAACAACCCCUACUUCUGGCCGCCCCCUCCCACCAUGCCCAGCCAGCUGGACAACCUGGUUCUGAUCAACAAAAUCAAGGAGCAGCUCAUGGCAGAGAAGAUCCGGCCACCGCACUUGCCCCCAACUUCAGUGUCUUCCCAGCAGCCCCUGCUGGUGCCUCCCUCGCCCGCAGAGGGCAGCCAAUCGAUUAUGUCCAUUCCCAAGCUGCAGCAGGUUCCUGGGCUGCACCCCCAGGCUGUCCCGCAGCCAGAUGUGGCCCUCCACGCUCGUCCAGCCACCAGCACUGUCACAGGUCUGGGACUGGGCUCCCGUGCCCCCGCAGUCAGUACCUCAGAAUCCAGUGCUGGGACAGGCACCAGCACCCCCUCCACGCCCACCUCGACCAGCCAGAGCCGCCUCAUUGCCUCCUCGCCUACCCUCAUCUCAGGGAUCACCAGCCCUCCGCUCUUGGACUCCAUCAAGACCAUCCAAGGUCACAGCCUGCUGGGGGCCCCCAAAACAGAACGAGGACGCAAGAAGAUCAAAGCAGAGAACCCGUCAGGGCCCCCCGUCCUCGUGGUGCCCUACCCCAUCUUAGCCUCGGGUGACAUUGGAAAAGAGGGCAAGACGUACAGGUGUAAAGUCUGCCCCCUCACUUUCUUCACCAAGUCGGAGAUGCAGAUCCACUCCAAGUCACACACCGAGGCCAAGCCCCACAAGUGCCCGCACUGCUCCAAGUCUUUCGCCAACGCCUCCUACCUGGCGCAGCACUUGCGCAUCCACCUGGGUGUCAAGCCCUAUCACUGCUCCUACUGCGAGAAAUCGUUCCGCCAACUCUCCCACCUCCAGCAACACACCAGAAUCCACACUGGUGACAGACCCUACAAGUGCCCUCAUGCGGGCUGUGAAAAAGCAUUCACACAGCUCUCCAACCUCCAGUCUCAUCAACGGCAGCACAACAAGGACAAGCCCUACAAGUGUCCAAACUGCUACCGGGCUUACACGGACUCGGCCUCGCUCCAGAUCCACCUCUCUGCGCAUGCAAUCAAACACGCCAAGGCCUACUGCUGCAGCAUGUGUGGAAGGGCCUAUACUUCGGAGACCUAUUUGAUGAAACACAUGUCCAAACAUACGGUGGUUGAACAUCUAGUGAGUCAACAUUCUCCUCAAAGGACGGAGUCUCCAGGCAUCCCAGUGCGAAUCUCUCUCAUCUGAAUUUUGGGGAGCCCCUCCCUAAGUGUGGCCCCUCUUGAAUUACAGAGCUGGGGGGGAAGGACAGGACAGCUUGGAAUAGGAUCACAGGAACCACAGCUUCUUCCGGGCACUACCACCACCCCACUCAGGUGCCUGCUGCGUUCCCCCCCAUCCAUGCCCAGGACAAAGAGAUGGAGUCUGGACGUGCAACCCGCCCCGAGCUGGGGAGUUCCUCCUUCAAUUUUGGUGGCAGCCAAAGACAGUUCCAGAGCACUUUGAACCUCUGUGUCCCCUCCCCUCCAACCUGACUCAUGCCCUUCUUGCUUUUGGAAAUCCUCCAGGCUUUUAAAAGCCCUGGCCCAGUUUUCCUUCCAGGUUUUCUUUUUUUUCCCCCUGCUUGUUUUAAUUUUAGAUACAAACCAACCUUAUAAUUUAUUGACCACACGCUUGAUGCAAUUACCAAUCAGGCACCAAUGCUUUCUGGACUCUCCUUUGGGGAGGUAAUAGAUGUGAUCCAUGGGGGCACCUGCAGGCUUUGCCAAGGGUGGACAGCAACAAACCCGGAGUUGCUAAGACACUGCAUAGUCCUUGUUGCAAACAUGCCCGACCGGUCCACUGCCAAGGUGAGCAUGAUUGCCAACCCUGCUUGGAGUGAUUGGGGAGGGGGAUGUCCCGGACAGGGACUUUUUGUGGAAGGAGGGUAACUUUUGGAGGAUUGACUAGGGCAUGGCAUGGCUGGAGGGAGCCUGGAGAUGAGUGGGCGGGAGAAAGCGGUGACAGUAUGACCCAGCUCUCACUGACAUCCAUGUGUGUGUGUGUUGGGUUCCCACGUUUUAGCCUUGAGAAUGAGCUGGUGCAAAUGGAUCAAAACAGCAUUCCACUUAGCAGAGUCUCAGUUGGAGCAAAGAGCAGGAAGCAAGGGGUGGCUUGGGCUGUGAUGUGGCAGAAGGAUCUCUGAACCACAGGUGCGUGUUUUGUCGUCGUCUUACCCCUCUCCUUCACGACCCCGCACAUGGAGCAGGUUCCCCUGUGCUUUUGACAAUUUCACACAAAACAUCGUAUGUAUUCUAACUUACACAAAAGGCAUCUUUCAUCUGCCACAGGCUCUCAGUACACCUUUUGGACUCCAGUUUUCAGGUUGAAGGCCCCCCUGUCUCCUUUAGCAGCUUAUGGCUGGACCCAGCCACUUUUCUAGCACCCAGUCAGCUAGGAUUGGCUCGGAAGUGCACAGCUAUUCUGUGGAACGGCCAGCAGCCCAAGAAGCCAGAUAAGACCUGACUCACUGAGAUAAGACCUAAAAAGCUGCAAAAGCAGCUCACAAAGUGGGAAAGGCUUUUUCCCUUCCGCUCUUGGUGAUGUGGGUCCUAGGCUCUAUUCAGUUAGGAACCAGAAGUACUGUAGUACUGUUAAAGCUUCAGGGAACUUCUGAUCCUUUUGAUAAAACUGCAGGAGUGGAGGGAUGCAGAGGGGAUGGCUCCAGCUGGACUUGGGAGUGCAGCUACCACCAUCCACAGCAGUGAAAAGCACAGUGUUUAUUUUGAGGCCAGACGAAGAUCCAGGGCGCACUUGAGCAAGGAGGACAUCAGUAAUGCUCUGGUGACCAAGAAAAGCCUCUGUCGUGGUUUGCUUGGGGCAGUGGCAGCACCCCAGAAGACGGUGUCCCCCAGCAGGUCCUGGGGUCGCCAAGGGCUUCCUGAAGAUCCCUAGGCGAGGAUAAAGCUUGAAGGCAACGAAGGAAAUGUAGCCUAAUGCCCCUCUAACCCCUCCCUAUAAUCACGCCACUACUUCCAUUUCAUUCUCUCUUUUUCCCCCACCCCAAAGUCCGAUUAAUUGCAGACCGAUUAAAAAAGGAGGCUAUGAGCAGACAGUCCAGGCACACCAGGCUUAAGACUUGAUUUGAGAAUGUCCUCGUCACUUCUGAUGCUGAAGCACAAACGUGGCACCCAGUUACUAGCUAGCUUCCCUGGUUAGCACUGGGGUUAAGUCUCCUGCCCCCACCACUGUGGAAAUCAACCCUCCCCACAUGCAAUGCUGCUAGAGCACAGCAAUUCAAUCAACUAAAGGUUUACAAGUUAUGGCCGUGCUACCAGCUUGGAAACAGCCCAACCAUUUUUAAUGAUCUGAGCAGAUUGGGAGGUGGGCGUGGAAGAGACAAACACAUACCCCUCUCACAAAAAACUAGACUGAAACCACCUCUAUUAUGUACUUUUCUGUUCCAUUUUUGGAUAUGAAUUAACUGUAAUUUUUAAACACUUUUUAAGCCUUAAAAUAUAUCAUUUUGUUUAUACCAGGUUGUUUCUUUUUAUCACUGUUUAUAUUAAUUUGAAUCCUCUUUCUUUGAAGCCCCCCAACCCCCACCCUUUCCCAUCUCCCUUGGUUUUGAAUUGAUGUUGUACGAUAUUCAAUAUUGUAGCCUUUUUUGUCCGCAUGUUAAUAACUAUGUAAAUAGGACUCUUAUACAUAAUGUUAACACAAUUUUUUCUAUAUAAAAAAAGCCCAGGCUGCAUCUAGCUAGAACCCUAGUUAUUACCUUAAUAAUGAAAAAGGAAAAAAAAAACCCCAAGGUCUCCCCUCCCCUUUAAAGUCUUGGAUUGUGGUAACAAAGAUGGGUGGGGGGAGGGCAGCCUUGCUCCCUGCUCCCAACAGACAGUUGCAUUGUUUAAACAAUGAAAAAAGAUUUUUUUUUUUGGAAAAAAGUUGCUUUGUAUUUCUUUGUUGUGGAAAAAAGAAAUAAAACGUCUUUGCAACCUU